UCCACACCUUAAACUCAACCCCACCUUCACCCACACCACCAUCAACAUCCACCUUUCUCCGCCACCUUCUCUUUAUCUCCAACAGCAACAACAAAUCUCUCUAUCUUCCUCUCUUCACAUUUUCUUUCUUCCUAAGUCCCAACCCAACAACUAUGUCUUCUCCUCCAUCCCAAACCCAAACCCAAACCCAAACCCAGACCCAGACCCAAACCCAAUCUACCCCUCCAUCUCCACCCACCGGAAUUCCCACCUCAAAUCCUCAUCCUCAUCCUACAAUCAUCCAAUCCCUAUCAUACUCCCCUCUCAAAAAACCCCAACCAAUUCCAUGGUCUCAUGAAGAAACUCUCAACCUAAUUCAAGCUUAUCAAGAAAAAUGGUACUCUCUAAAACGAGGACAAUUGAAGGCUUCUCAAUGGGAAGAAGUUGCUAUUACUGUUGCUGCUCGUUGUGGUCUUGACGAACCUUCUAAAUCUGCUACUCAAUGCCGCCAUAAGAUCGAGAAGCUUCGAAAAAGAUAUCGUGCUGAGAAACUCAAAUUACCCCCUUCUUUUAAUUACAACAAUCAUCCUUGGAUCUAUUUUUCUCUUAUGGAUCAGCUUGAAAAAGGCCCUCUUCCUAUUUCUGCUGUUCCUCCUCCUCCUCCUCACAAGAACAAUGAUCCAGUUUCGAAUAGUGAUGAUGAUUGUGAUGUGGGUUUUUCUAAUUUGAGGGGUUUUGAUAAAAGGGUUGAUGGGUUGUCAAGAACAGGCCGAAAUUUGGGGGUUUUUAGAAAUGGGUCUGGAAAAAUAAACGAUUUUAGGAAGAGAAUGAGGUUUUCUGAAAUGGAAGAAGAAGCAGAAGAAGAAAUGUGUUAUGAGAUUGGGGAAGAUCUAGAAGAAGAUAUGGAGAAGAAAGGAAGAAAAGAUGAUGAUUUGAUGGGUGAUUUAGCAACCCAAAUGAGGGAAUUUGCAGAAAGAUUUGUAAAAAUGGAGGGUAAGAAGAUUGAAUUAAUGAGAGAAACUGAAAAAUUAAGAAUGGAAAUGGAGAGUAAAAGGAUGGAAAUGAUUCUAAUUUCUCAACAGAAAACAGUGGAAUUGAUUUCCAAGGUUUUUAAUGGUUCUUCUCAAAAGAAGAUGAAGAUGACUUCUGAAUUGUGAUUAAGUUUAAAAUUAUUCAAUCUUUUUUUGUUUAAUUUUGAUAAUUAGUAUGUAAUGAUAAUAAAGAUUAUGUUUGGUGAUCUGAUCUGCAACUUUGAUCUGAUUGAAGAAUUAGUAGUAGUUGAGUAGGAUAAUCAUAUAGAAGUAUGAUUGUAUGAUAUAAAAGUAGAACUAAAGAAGCAAUUUUUAGAUUAUGUACUUAUUCAAUUUUCUUUUGAAGAUUCUUUACAUAUUCAAACUUGUCCAUCCGCUAAUUCUAUUUUUU